AUGACGAAAAUUCAGGAUGCAGACAGAUACGAAAAUUCAGGAUUCGAAAAGCUUCCCCUGCCGUUGCACUUUCACUUCCCGGCAGGGCACCAUGGUCUGAAUUGCGGAGCUCCCACCACUGACCACCAUCACUGCAGCCCCGGGAGCGACCAGGAGCAGUCGUGCUACUGCAGGCUCACCCCAGAGGAAGAGGAGAAGAGAAGGAUACGGAGAGAGAGAAACAAAUUGGCUGCCGCUAAAUGCCGGAACAGACGACGAGAGCUCACGGAAAAGCUUCAAGGAGAGACGGAGAAGCUAGAGGAGGAGAAGUCGACGCUGCAGAAGGAGAUUGCCGUGUUGCAGAAGGAGAAGGAGAAGCUGGAGUUCAUGCUGGUGGCCCACAAGCCCAUCUGCAAGAUGGGGCCGUGCGUGGGGCGUGAGCGUGAGCGGGGGCGACGGCAGGGGGCGUCCUCGCCGGACCCGCGGGCGGUGGUGGUGAAGCAGGAGUCGCCGGUGGUGGUGGGGCGGGAGGACAAGGCCAAGCCCGCCAGGCCCCAGCGUUCCGUCAUCAAGCCCGUGACGGAGAUCAGCAUCGCCAGCGCCUUCUACUCCGAGGCCGAGCCGCUCAACACCCCGCUGGUGGUGGCCUCCACCCCGGCGCCCAGCAUCACCCCCUGCCCACCCAGCCUGGUCUUCACCUACCCCAACGUGCCCGGCCUGGAGCAGGAGUCCUCCGAGUCGUGCUCCAAAGCCCAUCGCAGGAGCAGCAGCAGUGGUGACCAGUCCUCAGACUCUCUCAACUCGCCCACCUUGCUGGCACUCUGAGACACUCCCUCCGGACAUGGACCACCCUCGGGCCUUCUGGGUGGACACUGGACCUCCCUCCACCCUUCCC